UUUUUCCCCUACGGAGAUGCAUCAAAGUUUGCCCAGCAUGCGUUCAGGACCUUUGAUAAGAACGGGGACGGCACCAUCGACUUCAGAGAGUUCAUCUGUGCCCUGUCCAUCACAUCGCGAGGCAGCUUCGAACAGAAACUCAACUGGGCCUUCAACAUGUACGACCUGGACGGAGACGGCAAGAUCACACGGGUGGAGAUGCUGGAGAUCAUCGAGGUAAAGUUCAGAGUUCAGCCCAUAGAGAUAAAUCAUGAAUCAUAUGCUGAGAGCCAAAUGGCACCCUGUUCUCUAUGUAGUGCACUUUAUAGGGAAUAGGGUGACAUUUAGGCCAUUCAUGUCAUAUGAGUAUUGAGAUAUUAGUCAUGGAUAUGAGUAUCUCAAAAAAUUACUUUUGUUCUCCAAUUUACGGCCAGGGUUUACUCUUUACUAGGGCCGGGACAAUACCAGGAUCGCAAUAUUUUUUCCAUGGCAAAAAAUGAAAACACGAAGUGGACCGAACUCUUUGGUCCUUUAAAAACCUACUGUAAGUAAAACAAUGUGUGCUAUAGCUUGGAAAACAAAUAAAUGUGACUCUGGAUGACAACAUAAUGAUGUUUGUUUCCAACAUUAGUGCUAUUUUCCUAAAGAAGUUAAAUCCUCUUCGUGUUUUGUUUCCUUGCCACGAUACUAACGAUUAUCGUCAUACUGGUAUCGUCCCAGCCAUACUCUUUACCUAAUUCAUUUUUGACAUUUCCUCCUCUAGCCCCAAAUGCCCUCUUAAGUAAACAAUGACUGAACUAUCAUUUCUCCGCCUCUGUUAAGGCCAUCUACAAGAUGGUGGGGACUGUGAUCAUGAUGAAGAUGAACGAGGACGGCCUGACGCCCCAGCAGCGAGUGGACAAGAUCUUCAGCAAGAUGGACAAGAACAACGACGACCAGAUAUCACUGGACGAGUUCAAAGAGGCAGCAAAGAGUGACCCCUCCAUUGUAUUACUCCUGCAGUGUGACCUGCAGAAAUAG